UCAGCGAUCAGUCCAUUCAGGCUGUUUACCAGUUCAGAGCCCAAAACAACAGCACGACUGCAGUGUGUUUGUUUGGAGAGCAGUGUGGCUCGAUUCACCACAGGCUCUUCAAUUAAAACGGAGCUGUUUUAUGCCGACUCGUCGUAAUUGUUCUUGUUGUUAAUAACAUCGACGAAUAAAAAUGUUUCGACUGCUUUACUUUGCGCUCCUGCUGAACUCUGGUUUGGUGAGCUGCUUUUCUGUUGUUGAAGAUUGUAUAACAUCUAAUGGCGAGAACUACAGGGGAAUGCAACAGAAGACAUCCUCGGGAAAUAUAUGCCUCAACUGGAGGAGUCUAAACCUGAAGUUUAAAGACUCACAGACGGAAGAUGUUGGAAAUCACAAUUUCUGUCGUAACCCAGAUGGUUCAGAGAAGCCUUGGUGCUACGUCUCUGGGUCCAGUGGAGAAACCAGAAAAGAAGCAUGUGAUAUUAAGAUAUGCCAAGACCAAAACUCCACAGAAGCUACGGCUCCAGAAGUGUCUGUCCCCACUCAGGGACUCACCCCAAGGAUGGUGGAGACCUUUGAACCCGUAAACUCCUUCCCCUCGCAGGUGGAGGGUGCAGCGGUGCAGCCCGUGAAGGGAGUGCGCCAGCAGGCCAGGAGUGAACCUAAGAAGAAGAAAGACCUUGGGACUCUUGGUUAUGUUCUCGCCGUCUUCAUGAUGGCCAUUAUCAUCCUACUUGGAGGUGGAAUCACGAUGGGAUACUUCUACAAACGGGGUCGUGACCUCAAGAAACAGCACGAGCAACGGGUUUACGAGCGUGAGAUGCAUCGCAUCACUCUUCCUCUCUCUGCCUUCGCCAAUCCCACCUGCGAGCUGGUGGACGAGAACACCAUCGUCAUCACGGCUGAGCCGAACAAUCUUACCCCCACUCAGGAGCCCGUAGACGCGGCCGACCCUCUUAUGGGGACAGCGGGGACCCCUGGAGCCUGAUGGAGGAACAGGAUGAGUGCCUCGAUGGGCGUCUU